AAACAGAACCUUUAGCAGCUGAAGCUAGCUGGCUAACAACCAAGAUGGAUUCCUUCGGUGGGAGCUUUGUUUUUAUUUGGGUUUCGCCUCAAAAGACUAGGAAAUGACUUUCGAGGUCGUGUGAAGUACGUUUUUUGUGGGGGGCACUGGUUCGGAAAGACCUCUGGAAUUCAACAGAGGGCGAAGUGGCAGUAUGUGUUCGCCAGUUAACCCGUGGUAACAUUAGCUGGCUCUCCGGACUUCACUGCUCCCGGGUUCUCUUAUAUAAAACAACAGCCGAUCAGCUGUGGCUUGCCGGAGCAAUGAUGGGCUUGUGGGUCUGUAGCUAGUAUUUAUUCACUCUGUAUGGGACUUAUGUGGCUCGAAACUUUGCCUUUGUUGCGGAUAUUUACCGCUGUAACUACGAGUUAGCGCGAUACAUGGAAAUUAAGCUUCUUAUUUACUAAGCUCGGAGGAUUUUGCUCACCUGCUCCUAUCUAAACAACGUACCGUAGAAUAAUUUCGUGUUCUUUUUUUUCCUGAAGAAGUUUGUCUUUAGACGGAACACAUAUAUAACUAUCUCCAGGAAGUCCUCGAUAAACUGAAAGUUUAUAGAUUAAAUAACGCCGACCUUCAGCGUCCAGGUGUUGGCAGUGAAACUGCGUCCGAUACUUGGGACAUACCACAGAUCACCAAUGCUACAUAGGCGCCCUUCUUUAUUUUGGUUGAGGUCUUGCGCAUCGGAGUUAUGGCCGACACUGAGAGUUGGAUACAAUCGGAGGUUUGGGUUGACAGAAAAAGCUAAAGACAGUGGGGGGGAAAUGAAUUUUGAUGGUGGGGAGUUUGUGUCCUUGUGCCAUGUUUUUAGUGACUCUUAUCACCUCCUAAGCGUCUAAUUUUCCCUUUGGGAGAAGAAGAUGGAGACCGGACUAAGGUCUCACCAGGGCGAAGUGUUCGUCCACCCGCUCUCCAAUCCCGGGGCUGCGGGGAUCUGCCCUGAAAUGUUGGAGGUGGCAGAGGAGGCCAGCCGGGCCGGGGACUUCAGCCUGGCUGUGGAGAUCUAUAGCUCCCAGCUCGCCGAUCUCCAACACCCGGACAGGGGCUUGUGUUUAAGGAAGGCCGACUCGCUCGCCCGUGCCGGGCGAAUUUCUGAAGCCCUGGACUCGUACUGCACAGCGGCCAGCCUGGGCAAGCUGCGCCCGGAGGAGCUUCAACUCCUGGUGGAAACCAUCGCUCGAACUCUGCGUGAGAAAGAGCUGGGCAUCCCAGCGACGUUAAACGGGAACAGCAAAAGCAGCAACGGGGAAGACGGGGUUCAGAGUAAUGGGGAGUGGGAAAUCGAUGAAGCCCUGGACUUAUUUUCCUGUCGUCUCUGCAAGCGCUUGCUCCAUGAGCCCACAACUGUAGAGUGUGGAUACACUUUCUGCAAACGCUGCAUAGAGGAUGAUUCUGUCACAAACUGUAUACACUGCAAACAAAAUCUGAGCAAAAAAGGACUACCGAACGGCCCGAGAAUAAACGUCGUUCUCAGUGGUCUCUUGGACAAACUAUUUGCAACUGAGAGUAAAGCUAGGAAAUUAUGGAUCGAAGGAGAGGAUUUGUGGAAAAAACAGAGCCUCCCGGAAGCCUUGGAGAGGUACAAUGCAGCAGUGGAUCUAGUGCCCUCUUCAGGCAGAUUGUUGCAUCAACGGGCUGAGUUGCACCUAGAGAUGCAGAAUUUCAGCCAGGCAGUGCAGGAUGCCAGCAACCUCUGCAGACUGAAAACCCUCUGGACAAAGGCUCACUAUCUGAAAGCUACAGCACUGAGUAAAGCAGGCCGGAACGAUGAAGCCUUGCAGGAGUAUUUCCUGUGUGUGGCACUAAAGCCCGACUGGACCAAAGUGAAACUGGAGGCUCAGAAGGUCUUGAGCGAGCUGUUCUCCUCUGUUUUUGAGAAUGAGGAUCUUCCGACGCCGCUGCACCCUCUGCAGGGAGGGCUGGCUACACGUCUCAUCAAACCUCCUGCCUUGCUCAGUUCCCUGAGGCCACUCCCACAGAAACCAGGCUCCUCACAGGACUCAGAGUUCACUGUGACUAAAGGUCCUCCAGCGGACGACUCGUCCUCCAAGCUCUGUGUUCUGUCUCUUGGGAAAUCGGACCCUUCUGCAGGGGAGGGCAGCACCAAGAGCCUGGCUGAAGUUUUGGCUGCACUGCCAGCCCCCUCUGGUGGCCUUAAAAGGAAACACAAGAGUGAUGAACCUUCAGCAGCCUUCUGCCCUCCCUCUAAACUUCUCAGAUCUGAUGAGGGGGACACCUGUCAGGUGACUGCUGUUUGUGGAGGGAGAUCAGUUCCUGCUGAGCUGUUGGACAGUGGAGAUCUGGAGUGUUCACUCUGCAUGAGAUUGUUUUAUGAGCCUGUGGCCACUCCCUGUGGACACACCUUCUGCCUCAAAUGUCUGGAACGCUGUCUGGACCACAACCCCAACUGUCCUCUGUGCAAGGAGAAUCUAUCUGAGUAUCUAGCUAGCAGGGGUUACAACAAGACCCUGCUGAUGGAGGAAGUCCUGCAGCGUUACCUAGGAGAUGAGCUGGCAGAGAGGAAGAAAAUCCAUGAAGAGGAGAUGAAGGAGCUAUCCAACUUGAACCAGGAAGUGCCCAUCUUCGUGUGCACCAUGGCCUUCCCCACCAUCCCCUGCCCUCUGCAUGUAUUUGAGCCACGCUACCGCCUCAUGAUUCGCCGCUCAAUGGAGACUGGUACCAAGCAGUUUGGCAUGUGCAUAGCUGAUGAGCUCAAAGGCUUCGCCGACUAUGGCUGCAUGCUGCAGGUACGAGAUGUGAAGUUCUUUCCUGACGGUCGUUCGGUUGUUGACACCAUUGGUGUGUCACGGUUCAAGGUCCUCAGCCACGGUCAGAGAGAUGGCUACCACACUGCUAAGAUUGAGUACCUGGAAGACAAGAAGGUGGAGGGGGAAGAGCUGGCAGAGCUUCUGAAGCUGCAUGACUCGGUGUAUGAUCAGGCCAACAGCUGGUUCACAUCUCUGAAAGACAACAUGAAGAGUCAGAUACUCAGCCACUUUGGACAUCUUCCCAGCAAAGACCCGGACCCACAGGCCAGUCCCAGUGGUCCAGCCUGGUCCUGGUGGCUGCUCGCUGUCCUUCCCUUGGAAAACCGUGCACAGCUCACAAUCCUGGCCAUGACCUCCCUGAAGGAUCGCCUAAUUGCCAUCCGAAGGGUCCUCAUUUUUGUCACUCGCAAGAGGCCACGGUGAUAGAGGAGCUGCUUGGAAGAACCGCUCUGGCAUCUAUGCAGUUCAGAAACGUGUUCAGUCAUUCGUUUGUUCGUUGGGUCGCUCCCUGAUUGGUUCAUUCACUACUUUGUCCAUGUGUUUUGUUUUCUCACCUACUCCUGCAUCAGUUUCAUCUCAGAUGCUGCUCCCUGUGUCAUGUAGCCUUUUUGAGCACCUGUGUCAGUUCUGGGAGUAUCAGGUGGGUCACAGCACUGGCACGAGGGCAUUCCUUCUCUUUCUUCAUCCCGAAUCUCCCCACCAUUCAUGAAUGAACUCAAC